AUGGACUCGUGCGCAAACCACAACAAACCUUGCUCGUCCUCGCCUACUUUCAAACCAUCAACGCCAAGCAAGCUCUCCAAAUCCCAAGCACAAAUAGCGCGCAAGAGAGCCAAGGACCGCGAGUCGCAACGAGCAGCCCGCGCCAAGACCAAGCUCCAUAUCCAGGCGCUGGAAAACGAACUCGCCCUGCUCCGCAGCCGCAGCGACGACCGCGCCGUCAGACGGCUGCUGGACCACAACGCCUUCCUGCAGGUGGAAAUCGCGAGGAUACGGGCCACCGCGGGGGUGGGCGGCGCUUCGGCGGCCGCGUGCUUCCCGAGGGAGCAGGGAGCCGUGCCCGUGCCCGUGCCCGUGCCCACGCCCGCGCCCGCGCACGGCUACUGCCUGGACAAGGCGGGCUACCGUGGGGACGUGAGCGUGUUUGACGUGGCGGGCGACGGCGCCGCAGAUCACGGCUGGGGGGACGGCGGCAAGGUGAUGGCGCCGUCGGGGCUGGGGCUGCCUGUGCUGGGGCCCGAGUGCCAGGCUGGCGGGCCGGAUCUGCACAUCGGCUGGACGGAUGUCUGGGCGGAUGGGCAUGUGUUUGGGGCUGGGCUGCCGCCCGAGUACUGUUACUAUGGCGACACGAGGAUGAGUAUCGCGCUGCAGCCGGAGCUGAUGUAG